AUGGGAACUCGGAGUGCGUUGUGGAGUUUCGCCAACAAGUUUUUCACAUGCGGGGUCAUAGGUGUCUAUGUUUCAGAUCGAUUUGUGGGUGUUGCUCCGGUGCGCGGUUCCUCUAUGUCGCCUACGUUAAAUCCUGGAACUACUUCUUUAAUGGGCUUGCCAAUUGAUGACUAUGUUUUGGUGGAGAAGCGGUGUCUUCAAAACUACAAGUUUUCACAUGGUGACGUGGUUGUUUUCAGUUCCCCAAGCAAUCACAAGGAGAGGCACAUAAAGAGAAUAACUGCAUUACCUGGUGAGUGGAUUGGAACUCGUCAUUCCUAUGAUGUGCUGAAAAUUCCAGAAGGACAUUGUUGGGUUGAGGGAGACAACUCAUCUUCUAGCUUGGAUUCAAGAUCGUUUGGCCCAAUUCCUCUGGGUCUAGUUCAAGGAAGGGUUACCCACAUUGCGUGGCCUCCUCAGAGAAUUGGUGCUGUUGAGAAAAGAACACCCCAAGACACAAUUUCUUCUUCAUAG